AUGGAUGAAAUGGAAACUGGUCUAAGUUGGUCUAAUCUAGUCAGAUUUGGGACUUUUGGAGCUGCGGUAAUCUGGGCAUGGCACGAAUGCGUUGGACAACAGAUAAUAACAGGUUGGCUACUUUCAAGACCGAAGAAAGAGGCUGACUCUCUACUGGAACUGUUCAGGAACUCUUAUUCCACACUGUUUCAAUAUGCGAGUCGGCAUCUUAAUUUCAAAACCAAGGUCUUAGAAGCAUUUGUGGUUCGACAGGCAUGCGAUGUUUUGGCAGGGAUUUUACCUUCAAAGGAUGAGAAAGAACGACCUCCAAUGCCGCAGCCCAGUUCUAUAAGGUUCAGUGAUGCCAGAAACACCAAUGAGAAGCAGUCCGAUGAAGAGCAACAGGUUUCCAUACUACGAGAAAUCGCGUUACGCGGCGGUUGGGAGGGUCAAACCACGGAUGGAAGGUUUUAUCCACAGAUCCAAUUUUCGAUUGAAUACACGUUCUCUGAGAAGCAGUCCGAUGAAGAGCAACAGGUUUCCAUACUACGAGAAAUCGCGUUACGCGGCGGUUGGGAGGUAACCCAAAGACAUCUUGCACGGCUUUAUGCAUUUGCAAUACUAUGGAGUAUCGGGGCUCUUCUGGAGUUAGACGAUCGAGGAAAACUGGAAUCUUUCAUCAGACAACAUGACAGCAUUCGUUUGGAUCUUCCCCCACUGUCAAUAGGCUCCAACGACUCGGCGUUUGACUUCCUGGUUUCGGAGGCUGGAGAAUGGAUUCACUGGUCAACACGUGUGGAGGAGUUUGUUUACCCAACAGACCAUACUCCCGAGUACAGCAGUCUCCUAGUGCCGAACGUAGAUAACGUACGCACUGAGUUUCUCAUCGAUAUUAUCUCAAAGCAGGUCAAGUCUGUGUUACUGAUCGGUGAACAAGGCACGGCAAAAACGGUGAUCAUCAACAAGUAUCUUAGCCGGUAUGAUCCGGAAUUUCACGAAACACGAACCAUGAACUUCUCAAGUGUGACCACACCCAAUUUGAUUCAAAAAACCAUCGAAAGCUUUGUGGAUAAACGUCUCGGGAAUACUUACGGUCCGCCUGCGGGACGAAAAAUGACGGUCUUUUUUGAUGAUAUCAGUAUGCCAAUUGUGAACGAAUGGGGUGACCAGGUUGGAAACGAAAUCGUGAGACAGCUGAUCGAAAUGAACGGGUUCUAUAAUCUUCACAAACCAGGAGACUUCACCUCAAUUGUGGACAUGCAAUUUUUAGCAGCAAUGAUCCAUCCAGGAGCUGGCAGGAACGAUAUUCCGGAGAGACUAAAAAGGCAGUUUGCCAUAUUUAACUGCACCUUACCAAGUAAUAAUUCUAUCGACAAGAUAUUUGGUCUCAUUGCAUUUGGACAUUUUGGAAGCGCAAGAGGAUUUUCGGAUGAAAUCCAACAACUGAUCUCACGACUUGUUCCGACAACACGAAUUCUGUGGCAUACAGUAAAGGGUAAAAUGCUACCAACUCCCGCCAAAUUUCACUAUAUUUUCAACUUGCGUGAUCUCAGUCGUAUAUGGCAAGGCAUGAUCAGCACCACAGCCGACAUUAUUAAUACGCCUAAUAAGCUGAUCGACUUGUGGCGUCACGAAUGCCAUCGGGUACUCGCGGACAGCGAUCCACCAGAGCCAACUGGUGACGAACCCGAGGAUUACGUUGUCCAAAUUCCAAGAAUCUAUGAACCGAUUACUUCAUUCCAACAGCUGAACACUCGACUACUUACGUUUUUGAGGCGUUACAAUGAAAGUAUACGUGGUGCUCCAAUGGAUCUCGUCCUGUUCGAAGAUGCCGUGACUCAAAUUGUUCGCAUCUCUCGUAUAUUGUACAUGCCGAAGGGACAUACCUUGCUUGUUGGUGUUGGUGGGUCCGGCAAACAGUCACUGACACGUCUUGCCUCGUUCAUCGCUGGCUAUCAAACCCAUCAGAUUACCCUCACCAGGUCAUACAACGUGAACAACUUAACUGAAGACCUGAAAAUUCUCUAUCGCACCGCUGGUCAAAAAGGCAAAGGAAUCACCUUCUUGUUUACAGAUCAGGAAAUCAAAGAUGAGGCGUUUCUCGAGUACUUGAACAAUAUGCUAUCAUCUGGGGUCAUAUCAAACCUCUUCGCAAGAGAUGAGAUGGAUGAAAUCUGCCAAGAACUCAUACCUGUCAUGAAAAGAGAAUUCCCCCGACGGGCACCGACAAACGAGAACCUGCAGGCAUACUUUUACGCCCGAACGCGACAUAAUCUUCAUAUUUCACUGUGUUUCUCUCCUGUUGGAGAGAAGUUCCGGACUCGAGCGCUGAAAUUCCCUGGUCUUUUUUCUGGUUGCACCAUCAUCUGGUUCCAUCGCUGGCCUCGAGAGGCCUUGGUCGCGGUGGCUGACCACUACUUGUCCAAUUUUCCACUUCGUUGCACCGAUAACGUCAAAGCAGAAAUAAUCAGUUCGAUGGGAGGCAUCCACGACGGUGUCGCUGAGUCCUGCAACGAAUACUUCUUGAGGUUCCGUCGACCAACUCACGUAACCCCCAAGUCUUACCUAUCCUUCUUAGCGGGUUACAAAGAUGUAUACAAGCAGCAGUUCAAUUACUUUGAACAGCAAGUUGAACGCAUGAACGGUGGGUUGAAGAAACUUGUUGAGGCACAAGAAAGUGUGGCCCAGCUAAAAAAUGAAUUGAUUGUCAGAGAAAAAGAAUUGGAGGUGGCAAACAAAGAAGCUGAGGAAGUCUUGCAAACGGUCACCAUUGAGCAACAGGCAUCCACAGAAAUACGAAAUAAGGUGCAGGUCGUGAAAGACAGGGCCCAAGCAAUUGUGGAUGAAAUAGACAGGGAGCGGACAAUUGCUGAGGCUAAACUUGAAGCUGCUAAACCGGCCUUAUUGGAGGCAGCCGAAGCUCUGAACACAAUAAAACCUGCGGAUAUUGCCACAGUCCGACGGCUUGGAAAACCGCCGAAUCUGAUCAUGCGCAUUAUGGACUGCGUUUUGUUACUGUUCCAGCGUCACUUGGAGCCCUACAAACCAGAUAUGGAACGGAUGUGCCCACGCCCAAGCUGGUCUGAAUCACUAAAAUUUAUGACCAAUACGGGUUUUCUUCAGUUGCUGAUGACAUUUCCGAAAGAUACAAUAAACGAGGAGACCGUAGAAUUGCUUGAGCCUUAUUUGACUCUUGAGGACUACACUUUGGAUGUAGCUACGAAAGUUUGUGGAAAUGUAGCUGGACUUUUAUCAUGGACGCGAGCAAUGUCUUACUUCUACUCAAUCAAUAGAGAUGUUCUUCCGAUGAAGGAUAACUUGGUCAAACUUGAAGCUCGGCUGACGAGAGCGAUGCGUGAUCUUCAGACAGCACAAGAAACCCUUGACGAGAAAGAGCGCGAGUUGGCGAAAGUUCAAGCUGUAUACGAGGAGGCUCUUCGCAAGAAACGAACGUUAACUGACAACGCCGAACAAUGCCGCCGAAAAAUGACAGCGGCGUCAACGCUAAUCGGUAGUCUAGGAGAAGAGCAGGUACGUUGGACCGAACAAAGCAAGUCAUUUGAACAACAAAUUACAAGCCUAGUCGGUGAUGUUCUAGUUGCGACGGCCUUCCUUUCAUACUGUGGACCGUUCAAUCAAGAAUUUCGCCAGACGUUCAUCUUAUCGUGGCUGAGAGAGGUCAGAAUCCGUCGUAUUCCCGGUUCGCCAUCCGUCAACUUGAUAUCCAUGUUAACGGAUCAAACACAGCUCGGUGAGUGGAAUUUACAAGGGCUACCUACAGAUGAACUUUCAAUACAAAAUGGGAUCAUUGUGGACAAAGCCAGUCGAUAUCCAUUACUAAUUGACCCGCAAGGUCAAGGAAAACAAUGGAUAAAGAAUCGCGAAAGAACUAAUGGUAUGGUUAUUACCACGCUUUGGAAUAAGUAUUUCCGUCAGCACCUCGAAGACACAUUAUCCACUGGCCGUCCGCUGCUCAUCGAAGAUGUUGGAGAAGAACUGGAUCCAGUCUUGGAUAAUGUGUUGGAGAAGAACUUUAUUAAACAAGGAUCUAUACAUAAGGUCAAGGUGGGUGACAAAGAAGUUGAUGUGUUGAAAGGAUUCAAGCUCUAUAUUACAACGAAGCUUGCCAAUCCUACAUAUACUCCGGAGAUUUCAGCCAGGACAUCGAUUAUCGACUUUGCAGUCACUAUGAAGGGACUUGAAGAUCAGUUGCUUGGGCGGGUGAUUCAGAGCGAAAGACAAGAACUUGAAUCUCAGCGAAUUCAACUGAUGGAGAAUGUUCAGGCUAACAAAACCAAAAUCAAAGAGCUCGAAAAUAACCUGCUGAUGCGUUUAGCCAGCGUGCAAGGCUCACUUGUCGAUGACGUGGAUCUGAUUGAUGUCUUGAAUUCGACCAAAUCAACUGCGGCUGACGUGAGCCAAAAACUGUUGAUCGCAUCAGAGACCGAAAUGCAAAUCAACGCGGCACGAGAAGAGUAUAGACCAAUCGCUACUCGCGGUUCUGUUCUCUAUUUCUUGAUUGUUGAAAUGAGUUUGGUCAACUGCAUGUACCAAAUAUCGCUGCGCCAAUUCUCAAACUUGUUUGACCUUUCAUUGGAAGAAUCGGAGAAAUCUCCCGCGACUCAAAAACGGAUUGCAAUUGUGAUUGAUUACAUGACGUACAGGGUGUGGAAAUAUGUAAUUCGCGGACUGUAUGAGGUGGACAAACCCGUGUUCUCCCUGCUAUUGGCACUUAAGAUCGAUUUAAAAGCCGGAAAAAUAAGACACGAAGAAUUUCAAUGCUUCAUCAAAGGAGGUGCGUCCCUUGAUCUGAACACAGUCAGACCAAAACCCUUCAAGUGGAUCACGGAUAUGACAUGGUUACACUUGGUCGCCUUGUCCAACCUCAACCAGUUUUCCAAUUUGUUGGACCAGGUGACAAAAAAUGAUCGAGCAUGGCGACACUGGUUAGAUAAGAGCACGCCUGAGACAGAACACAUUCCUGAUGGAUAUCAGAACAGUGUGGAUGCUUUUCGACGACUAUUGUUGAUUCGAGCUUGGUGUCCAGACCGUGUGAUGGAUCAGGCUAAUAACUAUGUGAACAGCACACUGGGGCCUAGAUAUUCCGAAGGAUUCAUUCUCGAUAUUGAAGGAGUGUUUAUGGAAUCUACACCGCGUUGGCCUAUGGUUGGUCUGCUCAGUAUGGGAUCGGACCCCACUAUGCAAAUCGAGUUGCUGGCGAAGAAGUUCAGAGAUUUUCUGGAUAUCAGUAACCUACCGCAGUGGAAGCCGAUGGUUUUCGCUGUCUCGUUUCUGCACACCACCGUACAGGAAAGGCGUCAAUACGGUCCACUCGGCUGGAACAUUCCUUAUGAGUUCAACAUCUCUGAUCUGAAUGCUAGUCUACAAUUUGUUCAGAAUCACCUUGAUGAGCUGAACGCCAAUAAGGGAAUUGAUUGGAAAUGUGUGCGAUACAUGUUGGGCGAAAUUCAGUAUGGUGGAAGAGUUACUGAUGAUUUUGACAAGAGACUGCUAGUUACCUAUUGCAAACGAUGGUUUCAAGAAUCCCUAUUCAAUCCAGACUUCAUGUUCGCAACGGACAUACCUAUGCCUCCAGUGGCGAAACUGCAGGAUACAAUGGGUUGGAUUAAUGAUCUUCCACCUGCACACUCACCAAACGUUUUUGGUUUACACGAGAACGCAAAUAUUGUAUAUCAAAGCAAGAGAGUGAAAACCAUUCUUGACUGCAUUCUCAACAUACAGCCUAAGGAUGCCAGUGCCGGUGCUGGUGAAACUAGAGAGGACGUCGUCCUUCGUAUGGCUGAUGAUAUGUUAAGUAAACUCCCACCGGACUAUGUGCCAUUUGAAGUGUCCGAACGAUUAGCUGAGCUUGGGGCACUUCAGCCAAUGAAUAUUUUCCUGCGCCAGGAAUUGGAACGUAUUCAACGACUUUUGAGUCUUGUGCGGACGUGCCUCACAGAACUACGACUGGCCAUCGAUGGGACUAUCGUCAUGAGUGAAUCUUUGAGAGAAGCUCUAGACUUUAUGUACGACGCUCGGAUCCCUACAAGCUGGACCAAGCCUAAGGAUGCCAGUGCCGGUGCUGGUGAAACUAGAGAGGACGUCGUCCUUCGUAUGGCUGAUGAUAUGUUAAGUAAACUCCCACCGGACUAUGUGCCAUUUGAAGUGUCCGAACGACUAGCUGAGCUUGGAGCACUUCAGCCAAUGAAUAUUUUCCUGCGCCAGGAAUUGGAACGUAUUCAACGACUUUUGAGUCUUGUGCGGACGUGCCUCACAGAACUACGACUGGCCAUCGAUGGGACUAUCGUCAUGAGUGAAUCUUUGAGAGAAGCUCUAGACUUUAUGUACGACGCUCGGAUCCCUACAAGCUGGACCAAGGGUUUUCUGACAGCUAUUCGUCAAGAGGUUACUCGGAGUCAUAAAGGCUGGGCGCUGGAUACGGUGAUCUUGUGGAACGAGGUGAUGAAAGUCAUGAGAGAUGAUAUUAACCGACCACCACCUGAGGGCGCUUAUGUUUACGGGCUGUUCCUGGAAGGGGCUGAUUUUGAUCGUCGCAAUUUGCGGUUGUCUGAAGCCAAGCCAAGGGUACUAUACGAACCAAUGCCGGUCAUUCAUAUACAAGCACUCGAUGUUGCGAAAGACAAAGAAUUUGCAAAAGACCGGUUAAACGAUAUGUAUAUUUGUCCGGUGUACAAAAAGCCCCGUCGCACAGACUUGACGUAUGUAGCUUCAUUUUAUUUGCGUUGUCCACCAACAAAACCGCCCGAUCAUUGGAUACUUCGCGGUACUGCACUUCUCUGUGAUAUACGCUAA